AUGUCAGUGCCAAAAGCGGUAACCCCGAGCUACACUCGGGCUUACCAUGCGGCGCUGCAUAGGGAGUCCCUGCAGAGCUUACCUUGUCCUUCGCUCCCGCGAUGUGUCCCCUGCAGCAUCCCCGGCCAUCUCCUCCGGCCGAUGUUGGCAUCCGGCUUCUGUAUUCCGGUCCCUGUGACGUCGGGACGUACGGGCGCCGGCGGGAAAUUUUUAAAUUUUUAAAACUGGCAUUUUUUUUCAAAACACAUUUUUCAUAUUGUCCUGUGCCCUGCCUGCAUUUUGUCUGUUCUCUCUG